AUGUCUUCCUUCUUCACGGUUCCCGCUUCUCAGCGCAAGCGGAAGAGAGAAGACCGCGCCGCAGCCCCAGCAUCGAAGAAACGAGGUGUGGAUGCUCAAACUGAUGGCGCAGAUCGACGAGCCCGAGAAAGAGAUGAAUCGAUCUCGGGAAGUGACCUGGAGGAAGAUGAGGAUGAUUUGGAUUUGGGGGAGUCGGGCGAGGAGAGUGGUUCAGACUCUGACGACGGCGAAACGGCAGCAGACCGCAGAUUGAAACUGGCGGAACGAUACCUCGACAACGUCCGAGAAGAGGUGGAUGAAGUUGGGUUCGAUGCAGCAGAGAUCGAUCGGGACCUGAUCGCAGAGCGACUAAAACAGGAUGUGGACGAAUUCAAAGGACGCACGUUCCGGCAAAUCGCUUCUCAACUUUCAUUUUCCACGGCACCUCAUUCAUUUUUCCGCUCAGAUACCCAGUCGACCACCUCCAUUGCAGUCCACCCGCCGUAUGCCUACACAGUAUCGAAGGAUAAGACUUUGAUCAAAUGGGAAUUGGCGACCCCUAAAGCGACCGAGGCCGUUGAGACGAACGGUCAAAGCGAAAAAUCAAAACGGCCUCCACGCCCUCUGCGGAAGAAGCCUAAGAGAGUGCGGUACGCUCGGGGCAUGCGCAAAGUUGCAGAGACGGGCGAAGAGCAGGGACAUACAGGAAGCAUCUUGGCUGUGGCAGUCUCACCGUCUGGGAAAUUUGUGGCUACGGGUGGAGCUGACAAGAAACUGAUUAUUUGGGAUGCGGAAACGUUGACACCCACCAAAACCUUCACACACCAUCGCGACUCCGUCAGCGGUCUAGCGUUCGUCCGGCAUCUUUCCACUAUGACGUCCGGAGAGCAGCUGUUUUCGGGGUCGUUUGACCGGACUAUCAAGACCUGGUCCAUUAGCGGUGCAGGCCAUGCCUACGUCGAAACCUUGUUUGGUCACCAAGACUCCAUUCCCGGCAUUGCAGCCAUGGCAAUCGACCAAUGUGUCAGCGUCGGAGCUCGAGACCGCACCGCUCGACUGUGGAAGGUCGUGGACGAGACACAACUUGUUUUCCGUGGCGGCGCCUCGAAGCACGCCCCGCAUCCCGACAACAACAUCGACUGUGUUGCACCUCUCCCACCCUCUCACUUCGUCACUGGCUCUGACUCUGGCUCGAUUUCGCUAUGGUCGAUCCACAAAAAGAAACCACUUCAUACCAUUCCCCUCGCGCACGGCCUGGACCCAAUUCCACCGUUGGAUCAAUGGUCUCCGGAGGUUGAUGAAAAGGUCGCUGCCCACAAUGCACGACACCUGCGUCCCUCGCCUCGGUGGAUCACCGCGCUGGCCACUCUUCCAGGGACAGAUAUCGUGCUCAGCGGCAGUUGGGAUGGUUGGAUCCGCGCAUGGCGUAUCUCCGAUGACAAGAAGACGAUCAUUCCACUGGGUCCCAUUACCUCAGGAUCUGGCGGCCAACUGACUCCCGAUACACCCUCGCGGCAGCUGAACCAGUCCCUCACACUUGAUAAUACGCCGCUAGAGUCAGACCGCAUGGCCGUCGAUCAAGAAACCCAAAAGGAAGAACCCGAGCCUUUGGUCAAGGGCGUGAUCAAUGACAUCGCCGUGUUUGAGCGUCGUCCCGAAACUCUGCCCGGCCAGUCCAAGCCGAUUUCAGACACGGAACCUAGUGGUCUUUGUGUCGUUGCUGCUGUGGGGAAAGAGCACCGCCUGGGUCGCUGGAAGUGCUACGCCAACAACUAUCACGAGGGCAGUAUGUCGGACGGCCGCAACGGGGCUAUCGUGUUUGAGGUCCCAUUUGCUUCCAAAGCUGCUGCUGAAGCAGCUGCCGAAUGA